CACAAACAUUUAGACUAAAAUAGGAACAAAUUCCGGAAAGAGUUUCCGAAUUUCUUCCAUCUUGAUUUCCCGAUCCUCCUAAAUUUUGAUAACAGCCAAUGCCAUGGAUAAUGGGGAGGAGACCAUGUUGCAUUUGCCCAGCUACGCUGAUCGCUAUACGGACAUUCCCCGCCUCAUCCGAUUGAAGUUCAUUGCCCAGGUCUGUCCGGAGCUAAGUGUUCCUGCCCUCGAGUUGGCCCUCAAUCAUGUGAAGACCACCUACAAUGUCAAGUUGUACGACGAGCUCUACAAAACACUGUGCGUUGAGGUGGACAGGAAGUACCCCACCCAGUCCAAGGGGAACGAAGAACUUCAUGCCACCGGUGGAAGCGAGCCGAGUACGUCGGGUGGCAGGGGGAGAGAGGUGGUGCCCUAUGAUUCCUACUGGGUGGAGGACAACAUCAUGGAGGCCACUCUGAUGCUACAGGAACUAGACGCCGAACUGAACUUCAAGAAAUCGAAUUCGGGCAGCUCCUAUGUGCGACGCAUUCUAGAGGAGAUCGGGGAUCACCACGAGAAGAGUGGAAACCUGCAGAUGGCGGUCAAAUUUUAUGCUCGAGCCAGGCCCUACUGUACCAGCAGCGAGAAUGUAAUCAAUAUGUUCCGGAACCUGAUAAGGGUAUCAAUUUACAUGGAAAAUUGGUGGCACGUACUCACCUACAUCGAUGAGGCCAAGCAGUAUGCCUAUGGCUUUGAAAAUCUGGCCCAGGAGGUUCCAGCACGUCUAAGCUGCGCCGCCGGUUUGGCUCAUAUGGGCCUAAAGAUAUACAAGUCUGCAGCCCAAUAUUUUCUGAGUACUCCGUAUGGGCGUUACGACUACGAUAAAAUCGUGGCACCCGAAGACGUUACCUUAUAUGCUGGCCUUUGCGCUCUAGCCACUUUUGAUCGAGAAAUCUUACAGCUGGACGCUAUCAACUCGGAAGCAUUUAAGCCGUUCUUUCAGCUUUCGCCAAAAAUGUGGACCAUAUUGGCCAAAUUCUACGCGAGGGAGUUCGAUACCUGUAUGACUCUGUUGCGCGAAAUCGAAGAUCAUGUCAGGCUGGAUGUUUAUUUGUCUCCCCAUGUCAGUGCGCUUUACGAUUUGAUAAUGGCCAGAAUGCUAAAGAAAAAAAACAGGGAAGUUAUGACGGAAUCUGUGAAAAAGCGGAAAUCAAGAUAAGGGCUAAAAAAAGACAUAUAAAAACCGAAUAUGCAUUUGUAUUUCGGGGACCCUAUUGAUUUAAAGAACAUUUUCUUUUUUACAACAAAUAAAG